AGUGGCCUGAAGUCGAGGGCCGCCCUCUCGGCUGAGGAAAGACACCGCGACACGACACUCGCUCUCGGGCACCGCGCCGCGCGGACAUGGCGCCGCAUCUCCGCCCGCCGACCCGCAAGGUGUGGCGGCCUCGUGUCGUUGGCCAGUAACAUGGCGCUGAAGACCCCGACGCCGGGUGUUGUCGGCGAACGCGAGACCUGGGGCAAGAAGGUCGACUUCCUGCUCUCGGUCAUCGGGUUCGCCGUCGACCUCGCCAACGUGUGGCGCUUCCCCUACCUCUGCUAUAAGAAUGGAGGGGGUGCGUUUUUGGUGCCAUACUGCAUCAUGCUGGUAGUGGGUGGAAUUCCACUUUUCUACAUGGAGUUGGCGCUGGGACAAUUUCACAGGAAGGGUGCCAUCACCUGCUGGGGCAGGCUUGUCCCGCUUUUCAAAGGAAUCGGUUAUGCUGUCGUCCUGAUUGCGUUCUACGUGGACUUUUACUACAACGUGAUAAUCGCUUGGGCGCUGCGUUUCUUCUUCGCCUCUUUCACGACCAUGCUACCUUGGACCAACUGCGACAACGAAUGGAACACACCUGCCUGCCGACCGUUCGAAGCGAUUUGGGACGUUAAUCGUACACGUAUACGCAAUACCACGUCCGCAAGUUUGGGAAUCGCUCCGACAACACCGUACACUUCUGCUGCUUCGGAAUAUUUCAACCGCGCGAUUUUAGAACUGCAAGGCAGCGAAGGGCUGCACGACCUUGGUUCUGUAAAAUGGGAUAUGGCGCUGUGUUUACUGGCCGUCUACAUCAUCUGCUACUUCUCCUUGUGGAAGGGAAUCAGCACUUCUGGAAAAGUUGUUUGGUUCACAGCACUCUUUCCGUACGCUGUUCUUUUGAUACUCUUGGUUCGUGGUAUCACCCUCCCUGGAUCGGCGACCGGAAUCCAAUACUACCUGAGUCCGAACUUUGAAGCUAUAACUCAACCUCAGGUGUGGGUGGACGCCGCUACUCAAGUCUUCUUUUCUCUUGGACCGGGCUUUGGAGUGCUCUUGGCUUAUGCAUCGUACAACAAGUACCACAACAACGUGUAUAAGGACGCCAUUUUGACCAGCGUCAUAAAUUCAGCAACGUCUUUCGUCGCUGGUUUCGUGAUCUUCAGCGUGCUCGGCUACAUGGCGCACGCUUCGGGCAGAGACGUUCAGGACGUCGCAACCGAGGGCCCGGGACUAGUUUUCGUGGUGUACCCGGCGGCUAUAGCUACGAUGCCAGGAUCAACGUUUUGGGCGCUUAUAUUCUUCAUGAUGCUGCUUACACUUGGGCUUGAUAGUUCUUUUGGGGGUUCCGAAGCGAUAAUCACAGCUCUCAGUGACGAGUUCCCUCCUAUCGGACGUCAUCGCGAAUUGUUCGUCGCCUGCCUCUUUACGUUGUAUUUCUUCGUGGGACUGGCCUCUUGCACGAAAGGCGGAUUUUACUUCUUCCAGCUCUUGGAUCGCUAUGCUGCGGGCUAUUCUAUUCUCAUCGCUGUUUUCUUUGAGGCCAUAGCUGUCUCCUGGAUUUAUGGCACGGAAAGAUUUUGUGAGGACAUUCGCGACAUGAUCGGCUUCAGACCUGGCCUGUACUGGCGCGUUUGUUGGCGUUUCGCGGCACCAUCUUUUUUGCUCUUCAUCACGGCAUACGGACUCUUAGACUACGAACCUCUGCAAUACGAGAACUACAUCUAUCCAGGCUGGGCCAACGCACUUGGCUGGGCCAUUGCUGGAUCCAGCGUCAUGUGCAUACCGACAGUGGCUAUCUAUAAACUGAUUACAACUAAAGGAUCGUUUUUGGAGCGUCUUCGCGUUUUAACAACCCCUUAUGCAGACAGCGAACGUAAUGGAACCGUGCACAACGGUAUGAUAGUGUCCGAGAGCGGCGGCGUUCGGCUGACGUCAGCGGUGCAAACCCCCACAACUCCACAGCAACCGAUCGGAGCAAAUAUUCCAGCAGCCUCGGCUCCAACUCUCGCUUCAUCUCCAGCGCUGGUCUGAGCCCAGCUCUCCUUCGACGUCUACUACGUCUAAAAUCUAGAUUCUCGAGAAGCCUUGCGAAUCGCUUCCAAGUUAUUAUCAAUCAGUAGGGUCGAAGCUUUUUAUGCUUUUAUGUAGUAAGUAUUCGAUGAAAAGAUUUGCAGUAGGACUUUAGGUCAUUAAAAUUAAUAUUGUACCUACUCGUUUAAUAAUCUAUGGUAUUAAAAAAAAUGUUUUACUUGGGCAUUAACUAGAUACUUACUAAUUAAAUACAUACAUUAUAAUAUUGAAUGGCUUAAGUAAUAUAUUAAUCAUUGAAAACGCUACGAAAUUAUAAUUAUCUUAUUCAGUAUUCAAUCGAGAAAAAUCUCGUUAUUUUAAAAUCAUAAUAGUAUUUCCCAGUAUAUCUAAGGGACGUUCUUUAUAAAACAUUGUAUGUUAAUCGGGUAGAUGAUAAUAUAUUAUGUAAUGUAGUUGAAAAAUAACUAUGUAUUUGUAGAGUGUAAGCGUAUUAUCGCACAUGUAAAAGCGAGUUAAAGCAAUUCAGGGAACCGUCGAUAUUAUUAGCUGUAGUUAUUUAGUGUUACAUAGACAAGCAAUAUGGUUGAAAUAGGAACAAUGAAAAGUAAUUGUAAAGAAAUUUUAAUAACGCUAUUUAAAAUCCUGAUUGAUAGUUCUUAUUUUUUGGCGGGAGUCUGUUAAUUUUACACUUACCAAAUUUAUCUGUCACCCCACCGACUUAAUCUAGUGCUUCUUCAAACACUUGAGCCACUAAAGCAUGGGCUGAUGGAAGAGUGAUCUAUUUAAAAAGUAUUUGCUAUUGUAUGUAAGGUGUUAAAAAACGUAUGCUAUUCAAAAACCUUUUCGUAGUGAUAAAGUAAAAUUUAGUAUGGUUAAACCGCUUCGAUGUUGUAGAAAAUGCAAGUUCUAUUCUGAUAUGGUUAUCUUACGUAUUAUGCUAAUAGCUGCUAUAAUUUUAUUAUAAUAAAACUUACCUAUUAUUGAAUGGUAAUAUAUUAGAGUUUAAGAACAAAAAUGAAAUGCUGUGUAGAUAAUAGUAAUAAUAGUGAUAGAUGUUUAACGGACGUAGAUUAUACAAAGUGGUUCAUAUACCCAUUAUAAUCAUGUUACUUCAUAUAAGCGUAUUUUCUCUCUUUCUCUCUAUUUAGAAAUAUAUAAAUCUCUUUGAAUCGUUUAUGAUAUUAGCGUAGGUAUAGGUGCUCCAUUUUUUGAAUUCAUUUCUACUAUUCGUCAUUCUGUUUGGGCAAUGCGGAAUGACGAAUUGUACACAUUAUAUAUUUUUGAAGAAUAAUAUCAAAGUUCUUCCAAAUAUUGAAGUUGUGCUCCACACACGCCACAAGUCUUAUAACCUAUAUAUUACUUAGAGAGUAGAUCGUAGACUUUCAUCUUAUUAUGUAGCGAAAUAUAGAAGUUGAAGAUAGAUGUAGCAAAGUAUAUAAUCAAACAUAAUAUUAUAAAAUAAUUGUGAAUUUUAUUGUAAUCUUAUUAAAGCAUUCCAUGUUAUCGUACAUGACGUCACGACGAGCAAAUCUAUGCAAUUAUAUCUGGUUUUCCAGCAUCUAUUAAAGCUUAUUUGCCGUCGUUUAUAUAUUCUAGAAUAAUAUUUAAUGGUUACUCUAUAAAACCUUUCACUUAUGUACGUCUUUAACCUUUAAAUAUAACGAUAUUCUCACACAAUAUUAUUAAAUCAAUGUGUUACUGUCGUCAGUCAUUUCAGCCAUAAUGACUGUUUAGACAUUUUUCAAGCAAAUAUAUACGUAGGUAAACUAAA